AUGGCGCUCUCGUCCGAUCCGUACGAGCAAAAGUUGUAUCAUAUGUUCCAGUCCCACGGAACCGGCGACGGAUCGAGUGGUCUCGAUAGGGAAGCCCUACUGAAACUGUGUCUCACACUGGAGCUAAAAGAGCGGGGUCAUCUGCUGGUAAAGUGCCUUCUGUCGGGUUCCAAGACUCGCGUCAGCUUCCGGGAGUUUCGCGAGGGAUUACUGAACAUUCUUGGAGAGUUUGAUGAACCUUCGGCCCUAACUGCAACCGGUGACCCCAGAGAAUACUUCUCAUCGCUGCCGUCGGACCGGAAGGAAUCUUACAUUUACAGCGAAGACUCGGACCUGGAACAGCAGCAGCAGCAGCAGCAACAGCAACACCAGCACCACAACCAGAAGCACAUCGUAAUUCAGCCUAAUUCCUCAGUUCCUUCGAUCGAUACGUCGAGUGGUGGCAAUGGAGCCGUUAACAGUAGUAGCACUUCCGGCUUUUCGUCGAAAUCGGGUUCUCCCUUGUUCCAGCAACCCACCGUGGCGCGAAGGAAGGAUCGGGGUCGUACCCAACAGCCUUCCGAUGGUGGCGUGGCUGACGAUGACGAGCAGCAAAAAGAAACGGUUGAGGACCACGCCUACAGUGACGAGGACAGCGUCGUUCCAGUGACUGACCAUAGUUUGGCGGAGCGUGAACAUCAAAAGAAAGACGCACCGGAGGAAGUGUCGGACAGAGAGGUGUCACCGCGGUUCGUUGUCGGUAAGAAAAAGUACGGCCGCCGGUCAAGGCCAAGGCGGCCCGAAGAAGAUGUGAAUGGUUUCGAUACAUCUUCGAUGUCUUCGAACUCGGACAAUGAAUCGAUCAAUCUGGGCUCAUCUGCCACCGCCCGGAGCGCCCGGGCCAGUAACAGUCCUCCCGGGCCGCUAGGUGCGAAUUGUAAGGUGAUCACGGGAACGGGCGCAGUGUCGUCGCGUGUACACCGAUCGGCCUCCCAGAGUGAUAUACACGGCUCGAAACGUCGACGCCAGCCGAUGCUGUCGGGUGGACCAGGUGCUGGCAGUCGUUUGAAGCGGUGCGCAUCGUUACCGACGCAUCGGCAACGGCCAUCGCAUCUGAUCGACAGCAGCAGUGGCACGCACCGCGAGCACCAGUUGCACAUGGAUGAUGAGCGGAUUGACCAAAAGAUUUAUUUCAUGAAUCUGUCGGAAAAUUUGCGUGAAAUCUGGAACUCGCUGCUGGCCACGACCGUUAACGCCGAUGGGCAGUUAAAUCAGUUGCAACUCGAGCAAGUUUGUGAGCGCGUCGGAUUACAGAACACACCGGCCCGGUUGGCGGCCCAGGAAGUGUUCUCAAAGCUUGCACUUCAACCACACGAGGGCAUUCGGUUUGGUGAGUUCAUUGGCCUGCUGGAACGCAACACCGAUCUGCUACCGAUCAGCGAGGGUGAUCAGCAGCAGCUACCAUCCGCUUCGGAUUGUAGCGUUCUGUCCAACAAUCGUCCGGUCGGUGCACUCGUCGGUCAUGCCAUCAUGCCUGAUUGGACGUCCGAAAUCGGUUCGCUGGCUGCUUCGAUAAUCAUCGAUAUGUGGGAAUCGGCGGGAAUUCCUUCGCCGGGGGCCCUGCUGGACGAGCUGGGGUUCGAUAAAGACAUCAUACAGGUCGCGGAUCUGGUGCAGGCGUUGGAAGAGGAACACCAACGAUUGAUCAGUGACCGUCACCACCACCUAACAGCGGCGGCCGUCAAUUGCAGCAGCAUUGACGAUACGUCGCACAUAGUACGGGCAUCACUGGCACUGCAUAAGGCCGAAGUGAACGCAUUGCGCCAGGCGUUCCAUCAACUCGUGGAGGAAAACAAGAAGCUUUACGCCGACAACAAGGAGGUGAACCAGCGUGCGAUUCUUUUGGCACAGGAAGUAGACGAGCGGCACAAUUCGUUGGAAACGGCCACGCGCAACAAGAUUCGCCAUCUAAAGCAGCGCCACCACGAGAGUAUGAAGGAACUGUCCUCUCAGCUGUCGUUUGAGCGAGAGCAGCUGUCGCACGCGAAUGCCGCGCUCGAGCAACGGAUCGCUUCCCUCGAGACGGAGGAGUGCAAGCUGCGCACGACCGUGUCUCGGCUGUCGGAGGAAAAUGAAGACCUGCGGCAGGAUCAGGAGAACCUGACGAAGGAAAUUACCGAGCUGCUGGAGAAAAACAUUAAACUGAACCGUGACAUUGCGGAGCUGGAGGAGAACAAUCGUACCGAUUACAUGCUGGCGGACGAGGAUGACGUCGCAGGGGCGACGGUGGCGGCCGCGCGAAAGGAUAGCGAAGCGGAAGUGCUGGAUCUGAUCGACCGCAUAUCGCUACUGCAGCGUGAUAAUACGGGUCUGCGCGACAAAAAUGAUGAACUGAAUGCCGAGAUCGAGCUCCUCACGUCGGAGUUGAGUAAGUUCAAGCUUAAGCGUAACAAGACGAGCCCAUCGUCGGUGGGUUCCGAUGAACCGCCAUCCGAUGGCCUCACGGUGCUAGCAGCGGGCAGUAGUGUGGCGAGUGUGGAUGCAGCAGAUGUGCCCGGGUUUACGUCGGCUACCAAGCGACGGGGAGAUUCCCCCAGCAAGGCACGGUUUGCGGAUGACAGUCCACGGUUGGGAAAGCUGCGCAAGUGUAGCAGCGACAAUGACAACGAAUCCGAUUCGUCAUCCGGUGACUGGAUGGCAUUGCACUCUGAGUUGAAUGCCCACAACAGUAUGCACGGCAGCGGUGGCGGCGGCGCUGCCGCUGUGCUUUCCUCGGGGAUAUCGAGCUUAAACGAAGAACCAGUGGGCGCGCGAGCUGAUGAAGAGCUGAGGGCGCUACGGGCAAAAGUAGAGGACCUCGAAGCACAGCUGCUUGUCGUUGGAACGAAAGACGAAACGCAGGAAACCGUUCCCGAAGCGGUCCCAUCGACCAGUGGUCAGUCUGCGCCGGAACUGAAGGCCCGCUGUGAAGAGCUUGAGCAAAGCUUGGAGCAGAUGCGGAAAGAGUACGAAGACUGCGAAGAUUACUGGCAAGCAAAGGUGAACGAAGAGCGGCAGCUGUACGAGGAAGAGCAACGGGUAAGCGAUGACAAGUUCGCCGAGUUGCUCAAGAAAAUGGCCGAGUACGAGGAACAGUUUGCGGUGCAAUCCGGUACUACAACCUCCACCGGCGGUCGCAACGGUCGUCUGUCACCGAUUGACGAAAAAGAUGGACUGGAGCAACAGUACCUCGAUCUGGAGGCCGAUUUCGAGCAAAUGCAGCUAGCACUGGAAGAGAAGACACACGAGGCGGAAAAACUACGCCAACGGGUGCUCGAGAUGGAACAGAUGGCGAACCAAUGUCCUUCGGAGAUGCUUCGCUCACCUUCGACGCGUACCGAUUCGCCGGAAGGUGAAGAUCGUCCAGCCAGCUCUCCGAUCAGUUACCUAUGGAAUCAAAGCACGAUACAACGACCGGUUCGGGACUAUCAGAACCCCAACUGGAAACACCACCAUCACACGGCGGCCACCACCACCAGCAGUGUGGUGAUAGAGGAACAAUGUGUCAGCAUGGCAUCCGCUUCCACGGAUGAGCUGUCACGAACCGUCGUACCAUUCGAUCGGAUCAUUUCCCCCUUACAGAAACCCGCGAUAGUUACCGUUGUUGGGGACAGUGGCAGUAGCAGUAGCAGUAGUAGUGGUAGUAAUAAUUUUAGUAAUAUCAGUAGUAGAGGCGCGAUUCCUGAAGCGGUUGGCGUUGUGGUAUCACCGUGUAACCAGCAGCAGCAGGAAACAAAGUCAUACUCCGAAGUGGAUGGUGAGAUAGUGCCUGCGUCUCUCCUGGCCGAUACGUGUAUGACAGGCACGUUUCCGUGCAUGCACAAUAGUCAAAACCAAUACCAAACUCCGGCCGGGAACGUGGAAGCGGCCAGCGUUGCUUUACAGCAGCAAUUGCAACAGUUCCGUUUGGUGCAGCUCCAGCUGCAGGAUGAAAUCAAGGAGCUGACCCAGGAACGCGAUGGCCUAAUGAUGGAGGUACAGCAGUUGAAGGAAGCGAAACCCAUCCUUGCCCGGGCGGCGUACACGAAAAACGGUGGCCCGGGGGCGCAUCCGAACUACGCGCAAAAGAUUCAGCAUCUGGAGCAAAAGAACCGCCAUCUUCAGUCGAUGGUGAAGCAGCAGCAGCAGUACACGGAAUCCAUCCUGCACCAAAUCUGGCAACAGCAGCGUAGCGAAAUUAGUGACCUACGCAAUCGGCUCGAAGCACAGUGUGUGGUAAUAUCGGAUCAAGCGGCACGGCUCACCAGCAACGAUUUGCUAGUCAAAGAUAUGUACGAAGAAAACACGCGGCUCCUGGCGCAAGUGCAGCGGCUCGAGCAUCAGCGUGUCCGGGCCAAAUGGUUGCAGUGCCAGUGGCCACCGGUAGUCGGCGCCAACCACCAGCCGGCCACCGCUGGCAACUCUUCUUCUUCGUCCUCGCCGGGCGGCAUGGGAUUGGGCGGUGGUUUCAUGCACGGAGGGCUACCGUAGCAAACCGUAUCCUGUAUCCCGCUAAAUGUUGCCAGUUGGAAAAAGACGCUUGAUGUGCAAUGAGGGAUCGUAAGUUUUUUUUAUUUUAGUCUAUCGGUAAGUUCGUUUCAGUGUGAAAGAUUCCUUGAGCUCGUUUUAAAAUUGUUUAAAAUUCAUAAAAUUGUGAAUUUCGUAUGAGAGCGUACCAAAAAGGCAUCGAAAAAUGAAAACAGAAUGUAAUGAAAUAUGAUUUGAAAAUUAAUUUGAAAGUGAGAGUCCUACCUUGUCCCAUUUUCGUAGAGGUGUUCGCUUCAACCAGUCCGUCCCCGUCGGUCCCCAUUGGCGCAUAACGUUCAUUUUAUUUAUUAAAGCGAUCGAAAGUAUACUAUUGUUCUAACAAAAGGAACUGCUGCGAACACCCUAUAUACAGUAGAGAUGCACUGUAGCGACGCAGUUUUAAUUUACGAACAAUAUCUGUGAUUAGUAGUGGGACACCUGAGCUGCGUUCCAGCUGUGGCACGUCGAAAAUGCAUGGAAGAGAUCACACUGCUUAUCUUGCGUUACUGGAAGCCAUUGUCUGGUUUAGAAUGGUCACUACUCUGCCUUGUCAGUUCUGCACAGAAUGGUACUGCUAAAGAACGAAACGUUCCUUACAGGGAAUUGCGUAUCCCAGUGUCCGGGUAGCAUUUGCACCGAACCCCCGGCAGAAUAGUCCACGCCAUUAGAUAUUCGCCAGGAGUCUCCAACGGGAAUUCAGUGGAGAAAUUUUCGUAACAUGUUUAAAAUGUUCUUUUUAAUUCACAUUCAUCGAUCGCACCGCAAACCAUCAACCGCUGUGUUUGAUUAGUUUUCGGGCUCUCUACCUCAACCGAAAUGGAACCGCACAUUCCUAUCGCAGCUGUGCCUUGUGCGCUAGCAACCGAAAAGACAGGCACCCGUAACAGCUGGUUCUGGGGAGCUGAGAACUGUAGAGAACCACCCAUUUAUGAUAUUUUUCCUCUCACACGAACGGCUAGAGCUGUGUUUUCAUAAAGACAUGUUUUUAGAUUAAAGCUAAAGGUGGGACGAUGGAAACUACUCUUCGAGUCAUUAAAUAAGAAAGAUUGUAUACACAAAAUAUGCAUAUAUUUUUUAACUUAUUUUAUCACACUGCUUAAGCACUGAAAGACGUUUAGGCUUACUAUCACCCUAUUAUGUUACUGUAACUUAUGUGAAUGUAUGUUAACAGCCGGGCAAGGGAUAGAUUGUUGUGCGCUUAGAUUGCGCUUCAAUGAACAUUGGCUACUUUACACGGAAAGAGGCAUUGGCAGAGAGAACGGUAGAUCCUAGAGGUGGCACCCAGAAAACGCGAUGCACCAACUCUGUCAUCUGAUGUUACCUACUAAAAACUAAACCAUAUUUGCGAGAGAUUUGAAAUGAAAAGUUAAACAUAGAACGUUGCGGCUUAAUGACUGACAACUACUAAGAGAGAAUGUUGUCGAUAGAGGGAAGAAUGAAUGGGGUGAAUCUGCGACGGUACAAAGUGUGAAAAAACUAAUAUAUGCAUGAUG